AUGUACGUCGGGACGUGUGUUAUCGCUAGAGGCCAUCAGGCAAAUGUGUGCACCCAGCCAGCACAGAUUGGAGGGUUACGGACGGGACGUGUAGGGCCCAGACUAGCUCAGAGACAGUCUACACCGAGAGCGCAGGGUCCAGUAGCACCAUUACCUCUACCAGCAGGACAACGCUCAGGGUCCACAGAGAGGGUGCAGAUGCAGGGGAAGGCAUUUACGGUGACAGCAGCUGAGGGUAGUGAUACGGUGCAAGGUAUACUUUCUCUCCAUGGUCACGAUGUACGUGCCUUAUUUGAUAUAAGUUCUACCCACUCUUUCAUAGUGCCCCAUCUGUUGCAUAAGAUCCCGAUCUCGUAUAACCCCUUGCCAUAUGAUUUGUCUGUUUCAACAUCGGGAGGGACAGUGUUGAUAGGGAGUGAGAUGGUCAGGGACUGCGAGAUAGGGAUUCAUGACCAGGUAUUUUUAGGGGAUCUUAUUGUUUUGGCGAUUCAGGAUUUUAAUUUACUGUUGGGUAAGGAUUGGCUUUCACGGCACUAUGCUCGAGUUGAUUGUCGUCGGAAGGUGAUUUCAUUUGAGAACCCGAGGUGA